GGUAAAACAAGAGCCGCACUUGGUUUAGAGUUAAAGCCUCGGGUAGGCGCAGCUGCAGUGCCUGGGCUGGUGCAGAGCCACCUUCUGCCACCACCUCCUCUGGACACGGCCCCGGGCCCCGCCGGGGCAGCCCGGGCUGGGGCAGCAUGUGAGAGCCUGAGCAGCACGGACCCAGCGGCGAGGAAGCAAAAGGAACCUUUCCAGAAGCUUCUCUAGAGGAAGAUGGAAAACCCUCUUCUUUUAUUCCCCCAACUAAACAUUUCUGCUUCGAAGGAUAAACCCUAUUACAAAGUCAUGAAAUCAGCGAUUAAGGAAGAGCCACACAAGGCGAGCAAGCCUGGAGCUAAGCAGAAGAGAAAUAGGCUGAGCCUGCUCCUGCAGAAGCCUGAAUUCCAUGAAGGUGAUCAUCUUGGCAAACCUGGAAACUUGACAAAAGCAGCAAGCAGUGUGUCUCCUGAAGAAGCAGUGAAGUGGGGAGAGUCUUUUGACAAACUGCUUUCUGAGAAAGCUGGGCUGGAUGCCUUCACAAAGUUUCUGAAAAGUGAGUUCAGUGAGGAGAACAUUGAGUUCUGGAUAGCCUGCGAGGAUUACAAGAAAAGCAAAAGUAUGCGUGAACUUCUGCCAAAAGCCAAGACCAUUUUUGAAACAUUCAUACAAAAAGAUGCUCCAAAAGAGGUGAAUUUGGACUUUCACACCAAAGAAGUCACAAGCCAGAACAUUGGCCAGCCCCUCCCCACCACCUUUGAUGCAGCGCAGACCACGGUGUACAGGCUGAUGGAGCAGGACAGCUACCCGCGCUUCCUGCGAUCCGAGCCCUACUUGAGCCUGGUGAAGGGGAGGAGUCCCGCCCGUCCCACCCUUCGGAGACGCUCCCGCUCCUUCACCGUCAAUGAUUUCCAGGGAGUACGGCCAGACUUUACUGUGUGGUAACACGAAAGCUCAGCCCUCACAAGUCCCAGCUACUGCAGCAACUUGUGUGUGUUUUAAAAUCGAAAUCCUCAGCAGGUAUAAAUGAGGGGUAAAGCAAAAUAAAAUGCAUUUACAGCAGGUCGGAGUUCUGUAGCAGAAUGUCACUUUCAUAGAAAAGGAGGUAACAUAUUGGCAAGUCAUAGAAUGCAAAGUUUUCAUACAGUAAUUCUUUUUAAACUCAGGCAAAAGCUGCGAUCACAUCUUGGGGGAAAAAUUUGAAUUUCCUGCUUAAAAGUGUCUCAUAAAAUGCCUUUUGAUAUUAUCCAACACGUAUCCUGGGCCUGUACCGGAGUUUCAUCACAGUUAGAAUCUCCAUACCCAGCCUUUGCACAUAUUUCUGUUUCUGCAAUAUUGCUACACUAAGCACAGAGAAUUUCUGGUAUUUUCUCAUACUGUAAAACACACAGAAACAUUAUUAGGUAUAAUGCAAAGUUACAUGAAUUUCAACUAAAGACACUGCAUAAUUAAAUGUAUAAUUAAAAUGUAGCCAUUGCCUAUUUUAAGAGGAACAUAAAAAUACCUAUUUAAUUUUUUGGGGGUACAUUUUUCUUAUUCUGUGAAUAGAGAACAUGUCUGUUCUCUAAGUUAUGCUGUAUAUAUUAGCUUUGGCAUCAAAUACAUAUAUUCUAAUUUUUUGCAACUAAAUGAGCAGCAACAAAGGGCCAAGAAAGCUAUUUUAAUACAAUGUGUAUCCUUAAAUACCAGGUCACGUCUAUAUAUAUGUAUAUAAAAUAUUCCUACUUUUAUUUAUAAAUAGUCAUGGUAUAACAACUUUGUUACUAAACUUUGUACUAAUUUUUUUUCUGCCUUUUAUUUUGAAAAUGUAUCUGAAAAUUAGCAGCUCUUGGACUCAGGCAGAGUAACUUUCAGUUCUACUGGUCAUUAAUAUAAUCUCUGUAGGUUAUAGAAGGGGAAGGAGAAAUCUCCCUUUUUAUUUCUUUACUGUCAAAGACAGACUUUUCUUUUCUAGUCACACACACAGUCGUUCUGUCCUUUUCUUUCACAGCUGAUGCAAAUAUCCCUUGAAGCUUGGGGCAGUUCCUAAAAUAUUACAUUGCUUCAGUUUAGCAAGGGGCUGCAGAAUUUAGUUGUAACAGUAACUUGUAUGUUAAGUUGCUUCUCGUGGAAUUUAAGCUUUCUCCCUUCCCCUCCCCCUUCUGUAAGUGGUGAAGAAGAGCUGCAGUUCCUGAGGAUGGGAUUUUGUGUUUAUUGUUAAUUUGGGGUGUAUAUGAAGUGCUGGAUCUGCAGGUUUCCCUGUCUGCUUCACUUGAUUUCAAUAAAUCUGAUCUGCUUAAA